CGGAGAAUCGGCGUGAGGCGGAGGCAAUGGCGAGGUCUGGGCUGACGGCGCUGGGACUUCAAGCUUGGCUUUCGGAGCAGGGAGAGCGGCUCGGCAUCCGGCAGCCCACGCCGGUGCAGGAGAACUGCAUCCCCGCCAUCCUCCGGGGGCAGGACUGUCUCGGCUGCGCUAAAACUGGCAGUGGCAAAACAGCGGCUUUCGUGCUCCCCAUCCUCCAGAAGCUGUCCGAGGAUCCAUAUGGGAUAUUCUGCCUGGUAUUGGCCCCAACCAGAGAAUUGGUCUAUCAAAUUGCAGAACAGUUUCGAGUCCUGGGAAAGCCACUAUCCUUGAAGGACUGUGUAAUUGUUGGAGGAAUGGACAUGGUCAAACAGGCAGUCGAACUUGCCAGAAAACCUCAUGUUGUUAUUGCAACUCCAGGCCGCCUGGCGGAUCACAUCCGGAGUUCCAACACCUUCAGCCUAAAGAAAAUUAAGUUUCUGGUACUGGAUGAAGCUGAUCGGUUGUUAGAGCAAGGUUGUACUGAUUUCACACAAGACCUGGAGGUGAUUCUAGGUGCUGUUCCAGCACAGCGACAGACUCUGCUCUUCAGCGCCACCCUCACCGACACUUUGCAGGAGCUCAAAGCGAUCGCAAUGAAUCAGCCCUUCUUCUGGGAAGCUAAGACUGAAGUUCGGACUGUGGCGGAGCUCGAACAGCGGUACCUUCUGAUACCAGAGCGAGUGAAGGAAGCUUACCUUGUGCACAUUGUCCAGAAGUUCCACGAUGAACAUGAUGACUGGUCCAUUAUUAUUUUCACAAGCACUUGCAAAAUGUGUCAGAUUCUGACCAUGAUGCUACGGAGAUUCAACUUCCCAUGUGGAGCGCUUCACUCGAUGAUGAAGCAGAAGGACAGGUUUUCCACUCUCUCCAAGUUCAAGUCGAGUAUCUUCAAGAUCCUGGUGGCCACAGAUGUUGCUUCUCGAGGACUUGAUAUUCCCACAGUCCAGGUUGUCAUCAACCACAACACACCUGGGUUGCCCAAAAUCUACAUCCAUCGAGUGGGCCGCACAGCAAGAGCAGGUCGAAAUGGUAUCUCUAUUACUCUCGUCACCCAGUAUGACAUUCACCUUGUUCAUGCAAUCGAGGAGGAAAUAAAGACCAAAUUGCAGGAGUUUCCUGUGGUUGAAGAUGAGGUGCUGAAGAUUCUUACCCACGUCAAUGUAACUCGGCGACAGUGUGAGAGUGAACUUGAGUCAACUAACUUUGACGAAAAGAAAGAAAUCAAUAAGCGGAAGCAAAUGAUUCUUGAAGGACGGGACCCAGACCUGGAGGCGAAGAGGAGAAAGGAACUGGAAAAGCUAAAGGAGAAGAAGCGCAAAUUUCAGCAGAGGAUGCAUGAAACCCUAGAGAGAGAGGCAGCCACACGACUCAAACACAGACUGCUGAAAAAGCGAAGGAAACAAGAAAAGAACACACGGAGGGGCCCUGGUCCAGAACAAGUUCAAAUGUAGAAUUAUUUAUACUUGCCAUUCAAAAUGGGACUGUUCUCUUUCAUCCAAGCAGGAGUGUUCUUGUAUGAAAAUCUUGUGCAUUGUAAAAUACCAGUUGUAUAGAUAUUUCCAGAAACAUCCCUUUGCCAUCAUAGUGACUGUUUUAUACAUUAUAAAUUGAAUUGUGGAGUUUCAUAUUAUACUAUCUUGUAUGUUCUUGAACUAAGAACAAUUCCUUCAUGUCACCCUAAACAUUUGGACUCAUUCUUGUGUCAUAGCCCUAUUGUGUAUGAUGGUGGUGAUGACAGGAAUAUCAAUUUUUUCAUUUAAUCAAGGCAGUAUAAGUGGAAGAGAAAUUCCCUCUACCUGUUGGUAGGAACCAGAAGUAAAAUGGACAGGUAUUGAUGCCAGACAAUGGAAGGACUUCAGUGUUCAGAAAGGAAACUGAAGGCAAACCCAGAAAUUUCAAGUUCAUGGUAGGAAGCUGUUGGAAACUAUAGUAGGGACAAUAACUUAUGUAGCUUUGAUUUCUUUAUUGAGUAUGCAACAAGGAUUCAUAUUUUUUAAUGAUGGUUAAUACUACAGGAUAGAAUGGGUCAGUUAGACAAAUUUAGAAUGAGAAGGGAUCUAACUGGAAUACACAAAACUGACUAGAGGGGAGAAGGCCCUGGAAGAAGGGUGGGUCUCAAGAUUCACAGUAGUAAUUUCAUUAGGUGGAAGAAGCAAUACAGACCAAAUGCUAAAUAUUCAGGGUAUGUGAAUAGAU